GCCAGAGCGAGCAAGCCAUGUGCUGACGGACCGAGAGGGCGCGCAAGAGAAAACCACAGUGACUCAAAAAAAGGGGGGAAAUAAUUUCAGCUCCACUGGUCUAUACACCACACACAGGGACGAGGUUAGCGCGAUACCAGACAUGAAGCGAAAUUAGCCUUUUCUCAACAGCAACCCCAAACAACACAGGAAUAGCAGCAGCAACUUCGCAAAUGAUGCGGCGUUCCCGUUUCUCCACUUCAUGCUUUGUUAGGUAGGACGCGGUAAGCACGUAUCAAGAAAGCAACUUAUCCUAUUGAUAACUUUUGCCUGAGAAUGAAACGGAGGACAGUAACCACGGACUACAUGAAAUAGUUGCGGAGAAGAGCAGGACGUUUCUUGUGAGCCAAUGGUUCUUCACUGGCUAUCGCUCUGCUGCAACAUUGUGAUAUUUUGAGUUUCUUCUGAAAGAACAACAAUCGGUCGCUUGACUGAAACAUUGUAUCUCACAAAACGGACCUAUAAACACUGCGUUGAAGGGACAUCGUUAAGCGUGCAAAUGUUUAGAAUAAAAAGCAUAUUGAUUUGGAAGACCAUCAAUUGAGGGACACAGCUGAAUGGAUGUUUGCGAGUUCUAUUUACGACGACGAAAGUUUUAGAAAGUAGCCUAUGCCAUGCUGGAAAGGAAUGGAUUUAAAGGACAGACAACUGUAUACUUGGCGUCAGUGAAUAUUAAACAAGAUAUGAUGAAUGUCGCGCAAUGUGUUCAAAUAAGGCAUUUAUCACUUACAGUUAGGCUAUUGAUGAAAAUGGAUUUUAAUAGUUAUUGGAAGAGCUUGCCGUGCAAAAGGAGAGCAACGACCUGAGUCACACUAAAUAAACAACAUUGAUGAAUCUUCAUGGAACGUAAUCUAAUUUAACUUCAUAGUCUCUGCUUGGACUCACUAAUGUUCUCACGAAUGGGAAUGUAUAGCUACAUAGGCCUACAUUGUAAAUCUGAAGACGAAAAACUGCAGCUGAGAGCACCUGGAAUUUGAAUGUGGACUGCAACCAACCUCGUGCAUCAUGAAUGACACCAUGUCCAUUUGAACAGCGAUAAGAAACACUGUACUUGUAUCAGUAUAACUUAUAGACAACAACGCGACGAAUUAUAUAGCCUUUGCUCAUAAUGGACAAGAACUAUUUCGCUUUUCAAAUGGAGUUGACACUUAUGGUUGUUGCCAUGUUAUCUUGGGUCGCGGUAUGGGCAGACGAUAGCAAAAUUAUAUCAGACAGAUAUGCAGUCUACUGGAACAGCACGAACCACAGGUUUCUCCAUGGGGAGUACACAGUGGAGGUGGCCAUCAACGACUACCUGGACAUCUACUGCCCCCACUACGAGGACCCGCUCCCCCAAGAGCGCAUGGAGCGCUACAUCCUCUUCAUGGUCAACUACGACGGCUACACCACCUGCGACCACCGCAUGAAGGGCUUCAAGCGCUGGGAGUGCAACCGGCCCCAGAGCCCCAACGGACCGCUCAAGUUCUCAGAGAAGUUCCAGCUCUUCACCCCAUUCUCGCUAGGCUUCGAGUUCCGGCCGGGCCACGAGUACUACUACAUCUCGUCUCCACAUCCUAACCUUGUUGGGAAACCCUGUUUGAAGUUGAAAGUCUAUGUCAAGCCCACAAAUGACUCAGUGUAUGAGUCCCCAGAGCCCUUCCUGACAGACGACAGCACCGGUGGCUGUUGCGUGGCCGCCCCUUGCUUCUCCCUCAUGCUGGCCAUGCUGCUCACGCUACUCCUGUCCUCCUCAUAGCAUCUUGGGCCCGCCGGCCGUACCCCCCUUGAAACGGAACCCCACCCCCACCCGACUUCCCAUUGAAUCUUCCGCCUCUGAACCCUGCAAGGAGACAUGUCUCCUCCACACCCCAUCUCCCCCCGCCUGUCUUCUCCUCCUCUCAUAUCGGUCCACUCUCCUCCACCCUCCACCCUCAUCCCCUCGACAUGCACCAUCUGGACACUGUAAACUCAUACUGCCCCUCCCUCCCUCCCUCCCCCCCACCCAGAACCCUCCAACUCCUCAGCGUAACCCUUGCUUCAUGACCUCUGGCCUCUGACCCUCAGCCCACAGCUCAAGUCCAGGUGGUGAUUAAGUGGAGUAGUCCUGGGGGACCAGGAAGGAGUCCCUUAAAGACAGGAGUCCCUUAAAGACAGGAAGGAAUCCCUUAAAGACAGGAAGGAGUCCCUUAAAGUCCUUACAAAAACAGCCUCCCAGCUGCAGAGGAGUGUUGGGAUGUGCAGGAAAUGGAGGGUGUUUUGAACCGAACUGAGCACGAACUCCCCUCCUACUGGUCUGGAUGGUCGAUGGUCGACAGUGACUGUUGUCGUCGACAGCGACGUCUUCUCCACUUAAGGACUCUCUCAUGUGCAUCUUCAUCUUCGGACUGUUUGUGUUUCUCUUUGAGUCUUUGUGCUUUGAUUAUGCUCAAUAGCGUCCCACUUGUACAUGUUCAUUCUGUUACAGUGUAUUGUACAGUAGUAUAUUUCUUUGUCACCUUGGCUCCUGCAGUGAUAGAUCAAAGGUGAACCUUCUCUUUAUUUCUCUCUCUCUCUCUCUCUCUCUCUCUCUCUCUCUCUCUCUCUCUCUCUCUCUCUCUCUCUCUCUCUCUCUGUGUCUCUCUCUCUCUCUCUCUCUCGUGUCUCUGACCAGUCUCUAACGUCUUUGCAAUUUCUAGCAGUAGCAUCCCAGAGUAGAUGAGGACCUUUUCUGUAAAUCUGCCAAAGACACUUGUUUAACUUUUAUACUGGGAGAACAGGGGGGUGGGACGGCGCUGUCGUGGCUCUCCAACGAGGUCGUAAGCAGCCAUAGAGCUCUGUGUAGACCCUCCCAAACAUGCCAUAGGGGUCCCAUCCCGGACAGGGCAGUGUACAAUUUUUAAAAAGAGGAUCUAUUUGUCAUACAAAAAAAAGAAUGUUAUGUAAAAACAAACAAAUGCCUUUUUUCCACUGGUGCUGAAUUCAAAACGAGUCUCUCCAUCUCAUGCUGCGGUGCUCUCUUUCUCAUUCUCACUACUCUCUCUCUACCCCUCUUCUCUCUCUCUCUCUCUCUCUACCCCUCUUCUCUCU